CUCUUCCGUGCGUGGUGGGGGAGUGGAGUCACUGGAGCGGCUGCGCAGAGCAAUGUCAACCCGACCUGCGGAUACGUAGGCGCUACGUACAACAGGAACCUAAAAACGGCGGGGAGCCCUGUCCCGCUCUAGAGGAGAAGGCUGGCUGCCUGGAAUACCUGACUAACCAGGGAGAGGACUGCGGCCAUGAACACGUCCCUGCUUUUAUAACUACCUCUGAAUACGGUAAAGAAAGAAAACGACGAGCAGCAUCUUCUCUCCAGCCUUCAGACAAAGAAGCACCUGGGUACUGCGUGGAAUUUAAAACGGAAUCGCUUUCGCAGCAGUGUGCUUUGGAGACACGGCCGUACGCCCGAUGGAUGCAGUACCUGCGGGAGGGACACACGGUGUGCGUAGCCUGCCAGCCCCCAGCGAUGGAUCCCGACACGCGUCAUUGUUCGGGGGAUGGCCAUAACGCAGACAGAGGUAAAAUCUUACACUGGGAAGCAGUUGGCAACCCUCAGUGCCAAGGAACUUGGAAGAAGAUUCGGCAACUGGAGCACUGCUCAUGUCCCCUCGUGCAUAGCUUUAUCUUUACCUAA